UAUAUACAAGCAAAGAGGCACAGCUUCCAGCUCAGGAGAUGAGUAAUUCAGAUUCGACUCUGAAAAUCAAUAUACAGUAUUGCCUACGUGACUAAGAAGGACCUCUAAAUGGCAUUGGCAAACUAGAGUUACGUGCAUUUUAUGUAGACUACAAACAUUGUCCGAGAGCACACACCCUUGUAAAGUGUUUCAAACCGCCUCAUAGAAUAAUUCACGUACACAAAUAAUCCCCACUCACGAAAUCUUCAUUGGAGAAAUCAAUUUGUAUUCAGCGCGCACUAAGAAAAAUCUCCGGGUCUGUGAGAGUCAGUGAGCGACGGGCGAACCUCGCGCCGAGACCGUGAAGGUUAGGUAGUUGUAAACAUGGCGUCGCGAUCGACAGGCGGGGGAACCGUCCUCGCCUCGGGAAUUAGAACGCGAGAACGGAAGGAGCGAAAGUUGUACAGCGAUGACUGGGCUCUGGGAGAUGAGGAAAUUGAGGGUCAUCACACAUUUGAUCUUGAUCAAAAGAUAAAAUCAGAAGAGUUUAAUUCAUGUUUUGUUAAAGAUAUGACGGAUACAGAAUAUAAUCUUGCACAUGUACAAGAGAACGGGUUUAAUUGGCCAUUGCUUUUCAAAGACAAGAAACGUCUAGGCAUCGUAAUACCUAACGAGGAUUUCACGAUCAAUGAUGUCCGUCUGUGUGUUGGAUCACGUAGGAUGCUAGAUGUUAUGGAUGUGAACACACAGAAGAAUGUAGAAAUGACGAUGAAAGAUUGGCAACGAUACUUUGAAAGCCAGGACAAGGACAAGUUGCUCAAUGUCAUAUCCUUAGAAUUUUCUCACACAAAACUUGAGUCAUUAAUUCAAGCACCAACUGUAGUACGACAGGUAGACUGGGUGGAGCGAGUGUGGCCAAGACAUUUAAAGGAGGCCCAAACUGAAGCCACUAAUGUACUAGAAGACAUGAUGUACCCCAAAGUUCAGAAAUAUUGCCUUAUGUCUGUUAGAGGCUGCUAUACAGACUUCCACAUAGAUUUUGGCGGGACUUCAGUAUGGUAUCAUGUCCUCCGUGGAAAGAAGAUUUUUUGGCUAAUACCUCCUACAGAACGCAAUCUUCAACUAUAUGAGCAGUGGGUUCUUUCAGGCAAGCAGAGUGACAUAUUCUUCGGGGACACAGUAGACAAGUGUGCUCGCAUAGAACUCUAUAAAGGCAACACUUUCUUUAUACCUACUGGUUGGAUUCAUGCAGUUUACACGCCUGAAGACUCCUUAGUGUUUGGUGGCAACUUUUUGCAUAGCUUUGGGAUAGAGAAACAGCUCAGAGUUGCCCAGGUGGAAGAUGCAACACAUGUACCCUCAAAAUUCCGAUACCCAUUCUUUACCGAGAUGCUCUGGUACGUACUGGAGCGUUACGUCCACGUUCUGCUGGGCCGCACACAUCUUGCCCUGCCCCCCGAUGAGCACGAAAAGUACAUAAAAUAUUUAGCCAGUAAAAUGAAAGCCAAUAAUAACAAUCAGCUGAAUGAGGAUGGUAAAGAAGGGAAAGAGCCUAAAUUGGACUUGAGUACGACAAUACCGCCAGAUGAACACGUUAACCUAACUCAGUACGAGCUCCAUGGACUGAAAGCCAUUGUGAUGUACCUUCAUGCCCUUCCCACCAGUAAAAAGUGUGUACCAGAACUCAUCACUGAUCCGAUAGCGCUAAUCAGAGACGUUCGCACAGUGGUAGAGAAGCAUAGAUAUGACAAACCAGAGCUCUCCAGAACUUCUAAGCCUGUCCUAGAGUGGUGGACAAGGGAACCCACAAAGUUUGGAAUCAAAAGACCUUUGGGAGAAAAUACUGGAGGAGGGAUAAAAAGACGACGUAGGAAUUCAGAUGAAAAUAGAAUUGUUGGCUUGCCUCCCAAUGCUGCCAAAGUCAGACAUCGAAGAGUUAGAUGUAAAUUAUGUGAAUCUUGUCAGCGAGAAGACUGCAAGCAAUGUGUGUAUUGUCUAGAUAUGGUAAAAUAUGGUGGUCCAGGGACUAUGAAACAAACUUGUAAAAUGAAAAAAUGUACACAGCCGAUGCUUCCUGCUGCUGCCGUUUGUUAUGAAUGCCAGCUAGAUGGAUGGGAGCGAGUAUCUUGUGCACCGCCACAAAAGCCACCUUCAAACACUCCAAGCAGUCUCUUCGAAUGUUGUGUGUGUUUCAAAAUUUCUCAUCUUAAAUGCAUCAGUAGCAAAUACCCAGAUGCUGAUGGUGUAGUUAAUGAGGAUCUACCCAACAGUUGGGAGUGUCCAGAGUGUGUUAAGGAAGGAUAUAAUAAAGAGUACAAACAUAAUCGGGUUCCAAGCAGUCGAGGAUCUGCAGCUGGAAGUGACACGGGUGGUGUGAAGACUCCGCAGAUUUUGUCAGAGGCAGAAGAUGCAGACGUUAAGGUAAAAAUUGAAGGAAUGGAGGCUGGAAGCAAAUCCUUUCAAUCUAAGAAAACAGACAUGUCACCAGGGAAGAUGAAGCAAGAGAUAGAUAUCACAGUAGGAGGCCUUGAUGCUGCUCCUCCACAUAUGCCAACAUGGGAAGAGCUACAGGCUCGAGUAUCUCGUCCAUUGGUACGUCCUGUGUGGAUAGUGAGGCCAAAUCCACCACCACCUGAUGAGGAAGAAGAAGAAGAGGAAGAAGAUGAAGAAAGUGGUAGUGAUGGGGAGAGUCGUCCAGCUGCACGUGAACUUAUACCACCAGCAAUGAAUCGGGCAGUAAUGCUUCCGGUGUUCCAGCGCUUAUCUGUAAGAGAUUUGAAGGCAGUGAUGCAAGUUUGUAGAACUUGGGCACAGUGGGCAAUUAACCCAUCUUUAUGGAAAACUAUCAAUCUAUCACACAAAAGAGUUGGUUUCUAUCAGUUAGAGGGUAUAGUUAGGCGCCAACCUUGCUGUCUAGAUUUAAGUUGGGCACGAGUGACUGCUGAGCAGCUAGCAUGGCUUUUAGCUCGGCUUCCUCAGCUUAAGGAGUUGCAUCUGGAGGGUCAAGGAUGGGAAGUGAUAUCAUGUCUUACCUCUCCUUACUGCCCAGCUUUAUCAAAACUUAAUUUGUCUUACUGUGAAGGACUAACUGACACUACAUUGACAACUUUGCUUUCUGCCCCAAGAACACACCGUCCAGGUCACCGUGACACAACUACACGACUCCGCCAACUAACGGAUCUGUAUUUAGCAGGAACACAAGUUGGGGAUGAAGGAGUUCGAGCCAUUGUGCGCUCUCUUCCAUUUCUUAGUACUCUAGAUUUGAGCAGUUGCUUACGUGUAACAGAGCUAAGUGCAGCUUUACUAGCUCAUCCUUCCAGUGUUGUUAGUCAUUCUAUAUCAUCACUGGAUUUGAGGGGUUGCCACCGUCUGGCUCCCACAUGCCUACCAUCCCUCACCUGUCUGCCUCUUCUGACUCGUUUAGCACUACACCCCUGUUCCCGCAUUCCACUUCCAGCACUUCGUGUAUGGGGAAAAUCUCACGAUUAUACACUUGGACCAGAGAAUAUCUUAACAAGGGCACCUCCACCACCACCUGAUCCUGCAGGAGACCCUUCUUCAGAAUCAGAUACGUCAUCUCACUCAAGAUCAUCCUCUCCAGAAGUUGCCCUAACAACACAAGAGAUUACAAAACUCUCACCAGGUAACCAAAACACAAAGAAAGAAUCAAUAUGUCCUCUUAAACUGGUUUCUGAUGAAAACGAUAGCAAAAAGAAUGAUGAAUAUUUAGAAGAAAUCAAGAAAGGAUAUUCAGUCCCAAAUAAGAACUCCAACCAGGAAUCAAAUUCAAAAUUUAAUGUGAUACCUUCAGGCAAAACAAAGAAUGCUGCAAGCUCAUUAAGUAAAAAGAACCUGGAUAAAAUGGAAGAUUCAAAUCAAAAGGAAACUAAUGAGGUAGAUAGUUCCAAACAGAAAAAUGUAAAUGAUAAGCACACAUUAGAAAGUCCUCAAAGUAAAAGUAUGGAACAGAAAGGUGAAACAGAUUCUGCUUUGAGUGAAAAUGUGCGAGUCUCGACAAGAAGGCAGAGCCGCCUGCAGGAGUCCGAUGAAAUUGGAAGCUCUGUUUUACAAAUCAGGAAAAAGAAUACAGGUCUACCUGAGCACAUCAAUAAAACUAAUGCACCUUUAGAAAUCAGUAAGAAGAAUACUGCUGCUUCAGAUAAUGUUAACAAAAAGCCUGUUAUAUCCUCAGAACAGGAUCUUAAAUGUAGUUUAUCUGAGCAGGUAAAUGAGAGGAAAUCCCUUGAGCAUAUUUCCAAAAAGAACACCUCACCGACUCGACAAGUCUCCAAAAAGAACACCUCACCAACUCGACAAGUUUCCAAAAAGAAUACCUCACCAACUCGACAAGUCUCCAAAAAGAAUACCUCUCCAACUCAACAAGUCUCCAAAAAGAAUACCUCUCCAACUCAACAAGUCUCCAAAAAGAAUACCUCUCCAACUCAACAAGUCUCCAAAAAGAAUACCUCCCCAACUCAACAAGUCUCCAAAAAGAAUACCUCCCCAACUCAACAAGUCUCCAAAAAAAAUACCUCUCCAACUCACCAAGUCUCCAAAAAGAAUACUUCUCCAACUCACCAAGUCUCCAAAAAGAAGAAUAUGAAGUCACUUCCAGAACAAUUAAACAAAAAGAAUACAACUCCUGAGCAGAAACCUAAAAAGAAUACAUUACUGCCUGACCAAACCUGUAAAAAGAAUUUUUCAUCACUGGAUGAAAGUUCUGAACAGAAUAUAUUAUCUGAACAGCUAACCAAAGCUAAUUCAUCAGAUGAACUGUGCUCCAAAAAGAAUUCACUGGCUGAACAAGUUUGCAAAACAAAUUCUUCACCUGCACAACGUAAUGAAAAUAAUUCAUCUGAACCAAUUACCAAGAAUGUAUCACUUCCAGAACAGAUUGGUAAAACUGAUCAAGGUUACCUAAAGAAUUUCUCACCUGAACAGAGUUCUAAAAAGAAUUUGCCUGAACAAGGUUCCAAAAAGAAUUUGACACCUGACCAGAGUUCCAAAAAGAAUUUGGCACCUGAACAGGAUUCCAAAAAGAGUUCACUAUUGGAACAGGGUUCUAAAAAGAAUUUACCACUUGAACAGAGUUCCAAAAAGAACAUGUUGCCUGAACAGGGUUUGAAGAAGAAUUUGGCCCCUGAACAGUGUUCCAAAAAGAAUUUACCCCCAGAACAGGGUUCCAAAAAGAAUUUGUCACCUGAACAGGAUUCCAAAAGGAAUUUAUCUGAACAGGGCUCUAAAAAGAAUUUUCCGCCUGAACAGAGUUCCAACAAGAAUGUGUCACCUGAACAGGAUACCAACAAGAAUUCGUCACCUGAACAGGGUUCCAACAAGAAGUCGUCACCAGAACAGAGUUCCAACAAGAAGACGUCACCUGAACAGGAUUCCAACAAGAAGACGUCACCUGAACAGGAUUCCAACAAGAAUUUGUCACCUGAACAGAGUUCCAACAAGAAGUCGUUACCAGAACAGAGUUCCAACAAGAAUGUGUCACCUGAACAGGAUUCCAACAAAAAUUUGUCACCUGAACAGGGUUCCAACAAGAAGUUGUCACCUGAACAGGAUUCCAACAAGAAUUCAUCACCAGAACAGGGUUCCAACAAGAAUUCAUCACCAGAACAGGGUUCCAACAAGAAUUCAUCACCAGAACAGGGUUCCAACAAGAGGUUAUCACUAGAACAAGGUUCCAACAAGAUGUCACCUGAACAGGGAUCCAACAAGAACUCAUCACCAGAACAGAGUUGCAACAAGAAGUCGUCAUCUGAACAGGGUUCCAACAGAAAGUCAUUACCUGAACAGGGUUCCAACAAAAAGACGUCACCUGAACAGGGUUCCAACAAGAAGACGUCACCUGAACAGGGUUCCAACAAAAAGACGUCACCUGAACAGGGUUCCAACAAGAAGACGUCACCUGAACAGGGUUCCAACAAGAAGGCGUCACCUGAACAGGGUUCCAACAAGAAGACGUCACCUGAACAGGGUUCCAACAAGAAGACGUCACCUGAACAGGGUUCCAACAAGAAGUCGUCACCUGAACAGGGUUCCAACAAGAAGACAUCACCUGAACAGGGUUCCAACAAGAAGACGUCACCUGAACAGAGUUCCAACAAGAAGUCGUCACCUGAACAGGGUUCCAACAAGAAGUCGUCACUUGAACAGGGUUCCAACAAGAAGUCGUCACCUGAACAGGGUUCCAACAAGAAGUCGUCACCUGAACAGGGUUCCAACAAGAAGUCGUCACCUGAACAGGGUUCCAACAAGAAGUCGUCACCUGAACAGGGUUCCAACAAGAAGUCAUCACCUGAACAGGGUUCCAACAAGAAGUCAUCACCUGAACAGGGUUCCAACAAGAAGUCGUCACCUGAACAGGGUUCCAUAAGGAAUUUAUCAUCUGAUCAGGGUUCCAAAGAGAACUUGCUACCAGAAGAGAAUUCUAAAGAGCAUUCAUUACCUGUACAAGGUUCAAAAAAGAAUUCACAACCUGAAGAGGGCUCUAAAGUAUGUUCAUCACCUGAACAGGGAUCUAAAAAUAAUUUAUCCCCUGAACAGAGGGAGAAAAAGAAUUUAACACCUGAGCAAGAAUCAAUAAAGAAUCCAUUACUAGAACAGGAUUCCAGAAGGAACUCAUCACCUGUGCAGGGUUCUAAAAAGAUUACGGAAUCAUCUACUUUAGUUACGAAAAGCACACCACCACCUGAAAAGUUGGCCAAAAAGAACUCUGUGUCCUUUGACAAAAACAACAAAACUGAGCAAGAUGGGAGUCCUACAUUGUUUACCGAGGUAAUCAUAAAGAAUACUUUAUCAGCAGAACAACCCAGCAAGACUUGUACAGAACAAACUUGUAAGAAGGGUGAUGCACCAUCAGAACAAGAAAGCUUAAGAAGACCAGUUGAUAAGAAAAGUCCAUCUGGAUCUCAGUUAACUAAGGCUUCUGAACUACAGAUUAACCAUAAAAAUGUCAUCAUUACAGCUGUUGAAGUACAUCGUGCAGAUACAUAUGAAGGUAAGGCAGGUCAAGAUGCUUUAGUGAAGCGGCCUGAAAGAAGACAAAGUGUGAGAAGGUCAAAAGAUGAACAAGAGCUAAGAGCUGACGAGAAAAAAGAAAAGAAUGACCGAACAGAAACUGAAUCGCCAAAAGAUAAACGAAAAGACCAAAAAUCUAGGGAAGAGGAAAUGAAUAAAAUUACAGUUGAAGAUUGCAGUGAAAAAGACACUAAACAGCAGAGCCCCAAAAAGAUGGAUGAGAAAGAUAAAAAACAGAGUGCAGCUAGCAAAAGACUUCAGGAAUCCUCACCUCGUGUUAAACAGGAAAAGGAUAUAGUUACUAGAUCUACAAAAAGACUUAAGAGUGAUAAAAUAAUUGAUGAAAAACAAAAUGAGGUGGUAAAGGAGGAACUACAAAAGUCUAAUGAAAGCUCAGUAGACAUACGGAAAGUCUCAAGGAGAGGCAAAGAAUUGAAAGAUGAUAAAGAGGAUAUUGUGGUAGAAGAAGCACAGAAGAGAGAUAUCAAGCUAUCAAGACCAGCUAGUGGAAGGAAAGAUAAAGAGACACUAGCUAGCAAGGCUAAUGAAAAGAAAGAGGAUGACCAAAAAUUAUCUAAAAGGAGUCGUCCUGACACAGAAGAGUACAUGUCAAAACUUCGUAGAAAAUCCAAUGAAGGAGAUGGCUCCAGCGAUUCCUCAGUUGUUGAAAGUCUUAAAAAAGAUGAAAGUAACGAUGAGAGGAUGAAAUAUAGAAGAAGAUCAGUCCGGGAAGAUGAAACUGCAAAAGCUCUGCAAGAAAAAAAGCAGAAGGAAGAUCCUAAAGAAGAAAAAAAUAAAGCAUCACAGUCUCCUAAUGAACAACCAGAACCCACAGCAAAGCAAAAUAAAAGUGAAAUGCAGGAUGUGAGCACUAAACAACAAAAACGGAAAAAUGAAGAAGGAGAAGAUACAAGUAACAAAAAGAGUAAGGAUGAAAGUGAAGACAGUGGUAAGCCAGUAAAGAAAACGUUAGAAAUAACCCGUGAGAGGUCAGGAAGCAGAGAGAGACCAGAAAGAGCUCAUAGAUCUCCUAGAAGACUCUCCAUGUGUCAGUGAUUUUUUUUUUGUAUAAAUGAUAUAUUUAGAUGUGAUCCAUGUAUUUUUAACUAUCCCAAAUUUGUUCGUGAUUGUUAAAAUUAAAUACAUUAUACAAAAUUGUGAUACAGUUUCAUAGAAUUAUUGUAGGGUGUCUGUUUUAUAUUUCUGAAUUAAAUGCACAAGAAAUGUACAGUACUGUAAAUAAAUGUCAUGUAUAUACACAAAAUAAUUGUUUUGCAUGAAAGAAAAAGUAUGCUUUAUAAGUAAUACUUUUUAUUGAAUCUAGCCAUUUUAUAUAUAUAAAAAAAAAUGCUACAUUUUUUAACAAUAUAAUUUUUUAAAAAUAUUUUUAAAUCAUGAAUGCCAUUGUAAAUAGUUCUUUGUGCUAUUUUGCAUUAUAUAUGGCUUUCUAUAAUUAAAUGGCAAUGACAUAGAACUGAACAUAUUGUAAAUGGAAAUGAU